AUGGGUGGAAAAACCAAACAGAGCCAGAGAACUAAGAAUAAUGUUCGGCCCUCAAGUAGUGGCAGAAGUGCAGAAAUACUUAGCAACAGUCUGAAAUUGGAUUCAUCAUACAUUAUAACAGGGUCUGGGAAAGUUCUUCCGGCUUUGUUUCCAACACUUACAACAACACCAAUCGACCAAGGCCUCAGUCCAGAAUAUGCAGUGUGUUUCAAAAAGUUCCACAAAAAAGAUCCCGUCACUAAAACUAAGGCCUUACAAGAGCUGACUGAACUAGUUAAAAAUGGUGAUAAAGAAGAAGUGGUAUCAGCACUGCCGAGCUGGGCUAACAUCUACCAAACACUCACAGUAGAUGGUGACAGACAAGUACGAGAAACUGCACAGAUAUGUCAUAGUGCAGUCAUAUCUACAUGUGGUCGUCGCGUUGCUCCAAUACUGCGGCGUAUUCUCCCCGCCUGGUUACUAGCCAGUGUAGACGACCAUGGACCGGCUCAGACGGCUGCUCUUAAUAGUCUUCAGAACACAUUCCCUGAUGGAAAAUUAGCUGAAGCCAUAUCAUUCUGCAAGUCGGAAAUCCUUUCAUUACUUAUAGACAACUUGACUGGGAAUGCAGAGGCUAUGCUCAGUAACAAGGUGGAGGAUGUUGAGGAGCGUGGCAUGCAGGUGUCUCGCCUGCUUGGUUGCAGCUUGCUAGCCCUAAAAGCCGUGCUGUUGAAACUAACAGAACACCUGCAAAAUAUAGAACAGCUGGAGGAACAGCUGGACUGGUUGAGGGAACAGCUGGAACACCUGCUAGGGAAUAACACCUUCUGGAAAUUAGCCACACAUGAAUCACAACAUGUCAGAUACUCAUGGUACUCAUGUAUGGGUACCCUAUGGUCCGUGUACCCUAGGGCUCCGCCCCCGAGUCACUCCCGCCGCCUACUGAAGGCGCUCACGAACAAGCCAGAGUCCGGCGCUUCGCCCUGGACCGCCAUGUUGAUGAUAGCUAACACUCACCCGAAUUGGCACGAGUGGUUGGACAAGAAGGAUCUUCUGGUGAAGAGAAUGAUAGGUGUACUGGAGAAUGGUGGUGGCGGGGAGUGUCGUGUACUAUGUGAGUCUCUCCGCGGGCUGCUGUCGUCUCUGCCUCGCGAUAUGAAAACCAGGGACUUCUGGUCGACUUUCUUUGACGCCGCAUUCAAGGGUCUUAAAAACAAAAAUCUACUAAGUUCGAGGAGUGAGAGGCAGUGGUGGAUAUCAAACAUAGCGGAAUGUAUGAAGUAUGUGAGCGAACAGAAUGAUGACUGGGUCGUUGAAGUUAUUACAGGAGUACAUAGAACUUGGCUUGAACUGAUCGCUACGAUACAAGACAAGCUGACAAGAACCAAUAUGAUCAAACACUCCGCCACACAAAUGGCGAUAUUAGUCAAAAACUGGCUACAACACUCCAAAGAAUUCAAUAACGAGAAAUACGACCAACUCAUAAGAAAUUACUGGCAGAACAUCGGCUCCACGAUCGCCUCACAGAUAGACAAAAUGUCCUUUGAAGAAUGUGAUAUUAAGAACUCGAUCGAAUAUCACACUUUAAUGUUGAAAUCAUUGAAGACAGGAUACAACGAGGAUAAUAAACAACAGCGGUGCAUCAAAUUCGCUGACGAAGAUGACAAAACUGAAAAGGAGACUAUUAAAAUGGAUUUAGACGAAAGACUACAGGAGCGGUUUGAACACAAUUUAUACGAAAUUGUGGACAGCACGUGUUGUGGUUAUUUCAAUUUUGCUCAGACGAAGCAAGUCUCCAGAUCAGUGUUCCCGGCCCUGCAGACUCUGUUGAAUGAGUUUGAGUGUGAGCGGCUGUUUCAAUCGCUGGCGAGGCACUUUGAUUGCCAGAACAUAUUUGGUUUUUACGAUAAAGUUCUUAAGAGUUGGCUGUCCGGAGACACUAUGAGGUGUAAAGAUCUGGUCGACGUGAUGUUCACUCUGGCUAAAUAUUUGAAUGAAGCAGAACUCGAAGCCAUGUACGACUCCUUCCAACAGUUUCCUCCUCAAGUGGUGGAGUGGUGUCUAUCUCCGUCUUUGUCACUCUCACGUGAAUCCUCGUCUGUUGGAGCGAGAUGGCUGCGUGGGCCGGUCUGCGAGGCGGCCGUUGUGGGACUUAGCAGGCGACCCGAAGACCCCUCGGCCAGGGAACUAUUACUGGAAUGUAUGACUGUCAAUAAAGAUGGAGAGCUGCCCGUGAGUGAGUCCACAGCGUCGUGUGUGUUGCGUGUGUUGUCGUCCUCCAUGUGUUCUCCUCCGCCGCUCCACGUGUCGUCUUUAGUGUCAUCUCUGCUCCUCUCGCUCCACACCACACUCCUCACUGAUCGUUGUCAACAACUGGUGCUCACUAUGUUCGAACUUGUGUUGAAACAUCCGAAUUCAUCUUCUCUUCGUUCCUCGCUACUCGACUGUGUGUGCGUGUUGGGUCGUGAGUCUUCAUCAGAGGCGCUCCGUAGGGCGAGGAACUGGCUCUACCAUGACAUAGAGGAACUAAACAUGAGUCGUAUAGAGCACGUAGCGUCUUUAUGUCCGUACGUGUUGUUACCGAGCGAGUCUAUCCCUACUGACACGAGUUAUCUUUCUUCCCUCACUCGUGUACUAACUGACGACCAGCUACGACCGACCGUCCCGCUAGAAGUAUUCGCUUUGAGAUGCGACUGUAUCUUCGGGAACAUCAACUGCCCUAUAGAAGACGAUAAUGACGUCAUCAAAACCAUCGUCACUACAUCUGAUAUGGACCACGCGGAGCUCUCAAAAAUGGACCUUAUGGUGCACGUAUAUAAGAGUCUGUUCAGAUCGUUCUUCAUACAAGCGAUCGUCACGCGUCACGCGGACGUCAUGGCGGAUGUGUUCUUCAGAGAACAAUACGCGCUCUGUCUGUAUGAAUACGUCAUAAUAAAAACUCUGUUUGAUCGAUACGCCUUCUGGUGCCACUAUGAGAUUAUAUACGAUACCAAGAACCGUAUGGACGUUGUUUUAGACGAUAUAUUCACUAAGACGCCGUACAAACACAAGGCGUCUCUGUUGAUAUACUUGUCGGAGCAGGCGGCCUCCAAGGGUUACUACUGGUCGUACGCAACCAGGCUGUUCGACGAUAAGGUUAAAGAGUACGUGAAGAUGAACCCGGACAAUGAACCCAUCUGUGAAGACGAGAAGGAGGUUAGGGUUGAGGCUGAGCUGGCUAAAGAAGUACUGGACUCUAUGUGUAUAGACAAGUUAAAGGAUAUCAUGACUGGAAACGGAUUCUUCCAUAGCUUACAGGCGGAGCGCGGCGGGGUCCAACGUACUCGCUACAUGGUUAUGUUACGCAGCGUGUUCGCGGCUCACACUCACGAGCCGGACGUACUGCGAGCAGCGCUGUCCUCGGGCUGGGGCGCCACACACACACCCGUGGACCUAUACUACACACACAACCACGUUAUGUUGUAUGAGAGAGAGUUGCUGACGGCGCCGUGGAGUCAAAUAAUAAGCAACGCGUCCAUCGUGGACUUCCUCACAGAGUGUGUGGAGCGAGGCUGGGACCUGUCCGCCGCGGAGUGGGACUUCACCACCAUCACGCUCUGCUCGCUCAUCACCUCGCUGAGGAACAGCGCUGAGGGAUGGGAGGCAACUAAGGUGUCAGUCCUCGCCCGUCCCGUGCUGCAGCUCCUCUCGAGCGUGUCGUCGUUCAUCAAUCAGCUCCCUCGCCGCUGUGUGUUGGAGCAGCCCGCGCCGCACGUGGCCGCGCUCAUCACCGAGUGGAAGGACAUCUUCCUACCAGACAUCAACAAGAACCUGUUCGAGAUGAUCGUCAUCGUGCUCAAAUCAGCGGACGAUCACAUGACUUCUAGUAGAGUGUCGACCAUUUCGAGCCUCAUAACAGCAACCAAACACAUGGACUACAAAUACGUUAAGAGGACGAGCGACACCGAGUUAAAGAACAUAGCUAGCGUCGCUAUACGAGUGUUGGACCGGAUGACGCACCACGCUUACAAGUACCUGGCCUUCUACACGCUCGACCUCAUCAGCAAACACAUGGUGCUGGACGACGCUGAAAAGUUAGCGGAGUGGAGCGCCCGCUCAGACGACAGUCCGCGGCCGGAGUUCUCUCUGUGUUACUACGACGAGACGCUGGUGAGGUUACAGGAGAUGGUGGACGCUGCGCUCGAACAUGUGGACGGCGUCUGUGGGUCCCGCGUGGUGUGGUUGUCUGCGGGGGCGCGUGUGUCGUGUUCCCUACUGCUGCUAGCCGCGGCCGUGCUAAGACACGCGGCCGCCGCGCGCACCGACCUCGCGCACAUGUAUAUAGAACUGUUCAGAGAGAACAAGUACGCGGAGUGGUGGAUGCAGACGACCCUCAAGCUGCUACCCCCGGAGGUAGCUGCUUACGCUCUCGAGGAGACGGAUGCGCUGCCCGACCACUGUCUGAAAGACUUUGAAGUGCUGCCCGAACUAAACGUAUAUGGUUGGUGUAACGGUCGCACAGUAAGCCGCCUAUCUUGUUGGGUGCUGACAGCCACUCUAGGUGGGUCGGGCGCUGGCGGUGCGCGCGGCUGGAGCCUUGCGUCUCCACGCACAGCGCGCGCACUACAGCGACUAGUACCGGCAGCUAUCACUCCACCCUUAGUGCGCACACACCUCACACAAUUGAGAGAACGCGCGGGGGAACUGGCUGGAGCGAAAGUCGCUAUACGCUGGCAAAGAGGCGAAGUCCGCUGUGUCUUAGAAUUAGAGGAGCGUGAACUUGAAUUGACGGUCCGUUUCGCCCCGUCCCACCCUCUAGCCUUACCAUAUGUGUCCACUCCGCCUAACUCCCCCGCGCCGGAUACACACUGGAUCGUACUGUAUUUAGCCUACCAGAACGGUACCCUCCUAAACGCUCUCAAGAUGUGGAUGUCAGCGGUAACAGCCCGCGUGGAGUCCUCGCCUCAAUGUUACAUCUGUUACUGCCGCAUGCACCCCGCCAGCGGACGUCUGCCCACUGUACCCUGCCAUCAAUGCAGAAACAAGUUCCACUCGCCGUGUCUCGUGAGUUCACACAACAACAAAACAAUAACACAACCAAACAAUGUAAAGGAAAUAACGUCAGAGAUCAAAGUUUCUCACAAUACAAUUAUGUGA